CGAGACGACGGUAUUCUGGUGAACUAUCGGAUAGAAACAUCUACACGGUGGUUUACGGUAAUUUAUCCCAUGAUUCUUUUCUGCCAAACGCUAUGCUUUGUUUAUAUCUACAUAAACACCAAAGGCACCGCAACGCCAUUGUUUGAGGUAGAAAUAAACAUCUAUAUUAAGACAUUAAUAGCGUUGCCGGGCCAAAGGGCGAGUAUUUAUAUCUUUAAAGUGUCCCGUAAAAGAUGGACAUCAUGAAUACCGCCGAAUUUCAGACACACUUGACAGCCAUAAUGGAAACGUUAGCGAAAACGGCUGUUGUGGAAAUAAGCAAACUUUUGGAGGAGAAUGCGUCUUUUCUGCGAUUAGAGUUUACACGGUUUACAAGCGAAAAUGAAUCUCUGAAAAAGAAAUGUCAUUUUCUGGAGAACGAACUUCAGUCAGCACGGAAAAGCGCUGGAAAGAUGAACGGGUCACCAGCUCCAUUCAACCAUCCGGGACUUACAGGAUCUGCAGUGACCAGUGAUGAGAGAUGUGUUGCCCAAAGCUCUGAAGAUUUUAUCACAUACACAGUACCUUCAGAUGACCAAGUCCAAUUGAACGUGCACCAGACACCAGCUGAAGAACAAGCUCUUGAUGGAGCUACACAUGGACACAUCACAGCAGGGUCAGUUCUGAGCCCUGAUGUGGGAUUUAUUCCUAAUAACCUGAAUUUCAAUGGGACAGUUACUCCAAAGAAGAAAUUCAAGUGUGUGUUCUGUGGGAAAACCUUUGAGUAUUUAAGCCACAUGACAAGACACAUGCGAAAACACUCUGGAGAAAAACCUUACGUCUGUACAGUUUGUGGUAAACGGUUUGCUCAGAAAACAUAUCUCAUAACUCACGAGCGCACUCAUUCUGGUGAGAGGCCGUACGCGUGCAUGGAGUGUGGAAAGAGCUUUUCUCAAAAAUCUUCUCUUAAUGUACACCUCCGAAGCCACACCGGAGAAAAGCCAUAUAGCUGCUCACACUGUGGUAAAAGCUACGCCUUCAAAAUUGCGCUUAGAACACACCGAUGUUAAACCAGAAAUAAAUUGCUACUGCAUAUUGUCUCCUUAGUUUUAGUAUAAAACUUUUGUCUAGGUCAUUUUAGAAUAUCCUUCUUAUCUGUUGUUAUAAAAUAAAUGUUAAAAAAAAUAAAUUAGGGGAAAAAAAAGUCAGAGUAGACAAAAAUGCUGGUUGUUUGUUUACAUGUGCAAUAUAAUGACUAUAAAUAAAUCUGCGCACUAACACUAAACAGUCCCCUCUUAUAGUAAUUUCCAUUGAUUACAGGCAAUAUGUUAUGGUUUAAACACUGUAAACAUUGUGAAAUGUGUUCUUGUGUGUAGUUUUCUGAGACUUGUGCUCCUGUGGCUCAGUGGUAGAGCAUUGCGUUAGCAGCGCCAAAGGUCGUGGGUUCGAUUCCCUGGGAACACACAUACUGGUAAAAAUUGUAUAGCCUUAAUGCAUUGUAAGUCGCUUGUCUGCUAAAUGCAUAAAUUAUUAUAAUUAUUACUUUGGGAAAGGAAAAGGAACUAUGGAUUUGUUCAUGCUGUAACUUUUUGUUACCUAACCUUGGUAACUUGAUAUUUUUACUUUUACCCUUUGCCCUCCCUGAAAUAUUUUACAUUGCACCAUUGUUUU